UUUUUUUUAAAAAAAAAAAAAAAUAAAAUAAAAUAAAAAAAUAGAUAUUAUGGAAGAAGACAAUCAGGAACAGAAAAAACAAUUAUUAUUUGCUGUUUGGAAUUCAGUGAACAAGAUUACAAAGCAAGAAGCACAUGCACUGGGAAAAGAAGUUUCAGAGAAUUUUGUUACAUCUUUAGCAGAAGUUGUUUUUGAUCAAAUGCAAACCAUGGCAAUAGAUCUAGAAGCUUUUGCAGGACAUAGUAAAAGGUCAGUUAUUUCUAUGGAAGAUGUAAAGUUAUGUGCACGACGUAAUGAUUCGUUGCAUCAGCUCAUAUCGGAAACAGCUAAAGAUAUUACAGAAGAAAUCAAUAGUAGACGAAAAAGAAAAUAAUAGUUAGUUAUUAUUAUUAAAAAAUAAGAGAAAAAAAAUUGGGAGGU